CUUGAAUCACUAUGCUUGGCCCCAGCAUGUUUGUGAUACAGGAGUAUCCUAUCAUCGGUUCGUCUGAAAUGAACAUCUGAUGUUCUGACGCACAUUUGAAUCGUCAAUGGUCAAAAUCGUUGUUGUUUUGUUCGGUUUUCUCCCCGAACAAAAGUGUCUAUCUACCACAACGGAUACACCUUUUCAAUAUGCCCACCAACGGAAAUGCAGUCAAUUACAGCAUGGCGGAACAUGGACACACCCGUCUUUUCAAACUAUCUCCGCCUCCUUCUCUUGAUGCCUUCAAAAAACUUUGCGCUCAGAAAGCCCCCAAACAAGACUACCCACUCGCUGCAGACAUCAAGGAGAACGUACCUGUUUACAAUCUUUCCAACUUUUCAACCCUUACCGAAAACCAAAAGUCCGCUCUCCAAGACGAAUGGUACAAAAUCCUUUUGUAUGGCCCUGGUGUUUUUGUCACAGCUGGUCUUUACACCAACUUGGACGUGAUCAACAAGUCAACAGCUGCCUUCAAUAAUAUCAUCAAAAGGGAGAGCCAGGGUACCAAAACAGCAGGCGAUCACUUUGCAAGUGCUGGUAAAAACGAUCGGAUUUGGAAUUCGUUCAGUAAACAUGGUCUCCAAGACCCAGACUCCUUCUUCAACUACUUUUCGAAUCCCUACCUCGACCUCAUCUUCUCUUCAUGGCUUGGUCCAGGGUAUCGCAUCACUACUCAAGUCAACAACGUCCGGCCUGGAGGGCAGCCUCAAGUUUCCCACCGCGACUACCACCUAGGUUUCAUGUCUGCUGAGAACUGUGGAAGGUAUCCCAGGGCAGUGCAAGUUGCAAGCCAAUGCUUGACUCUGCAAGGCGCUAUAGCACACGUCGAUGUACCUCUUGAGAGCGGUCCAACAAGACUUUUGCCGUUCAGUCAGGCAUUUGCGCCUGGCUACAUGGCGUAUCGUCUUCCCGAGUUUAACGAGUUCUUUCUAGACAAUUAUAUCUCACUUCAGUUAAAGAAGGGCGACGGUUUAUGGUUCAACCCUGCUCUUUUCCAUGCAGCAGGCGAGAAUAAGUCCGUGGACAUCAACCGCCUUGUUAAUCUCGUCCAAAUCAGCAGUGCAUUCGGCAAACCGAUGGAAACAACCGACGCAUUGCCACUUGUGGAGAGUACGUGGGACGUCUUGACAGCUGCAUAUAGAGAGCAAGGUCUCAGUGAUGAAGUCCAGAUGUUUAUUGCUGCUAUUGGAGAAGGCUAUCCUUUCCCAACAAACCUGGACAACAACCCUCCUAGAAACGAGAAUAUGGCGCCUGAUUCGGAGCAAGACAUUAUUCGAGUUGCAUUGGUAAACGGGAAGAGUAGAGAGGAAGUUUUGGCUGAUCUUGAAGGCUUCCGACUAAGAGUUAGAGCUUAGUUGGAACAUCUGUGUAUUACUAUUAGUACUUUUAGCGGUUAUGCCGCACAAUCCCAUUUGCAGACUCAACCUCAGAUACCCUUCGACUCUAUGCUUUGUUCUCGGUGCUCUGAGGAUUGAUGUUAGAUCGUGCAGUCUUCUUCAGAUAUCCCCUGAAACUCUCGAAAGUGACAGGAUUGUGACCUUCAAGCCAUCGACAAUGGACUGCCACAUCAUCCUUACCAACCUGUAUGGAAACCUUGAAAGCAAACUCGCACUUUACGUCUACCACCUUUUGGUCUUCAGUACCCCCUCUUUGCUUUCUACGACGCCAAGCUCGUGCCCAGACGCGACCUGCUGCUCGUCCGAUCCCUUCCAGGCGCUCAGUGUCCCAUUCCCAGGUGAUCAAGUCCAGCUUCUCGAGUUCAGAUCGAAAACGAUCUGCAAACUCGCCAAUUUUCUCUUGAAGAGGUAUAUUGAUGACUCUCUCUUCUGUGAUCUCUGGAAGCACGUUUUUUGAAACUGCUGUCUUGAUGCCGCGUGCAACCGAUUGGGCUGGUCUCAUGUUUCCGAAACUCCAUGCAACAGCCCAUCUCCUUGUUUUGCUGCCCUGAAUAAACUCCGUGACAGCAUAAUUGUCGAUUUUGUGUUCUCUCAAUUUGUCCACAAACUCGAUCAAGCUUGUGAGAAAUCCGAACAUGGAUGUGUACCACUGCACACGUUCUUGAAGGGCGAGCGACUCUUUGAGCAUGCGAUCAACAAACUCGACUUCGCCGCCGUCGGUCACCAUCUCAACCUUAGCUCCUGUACAUGAUGUAAAAGGCGGGCGAGACUUUUGCUUCGCGCUCUCCAGUAACUCUUCUUCGGAUUUAUAGAAAGGUGGGUUUGACAUGGUGAAAGAAAUGCUGUUAACAUUUAGAUCAUCGAGCGGAAUGAGGGCAUCGGUUGGCUUUCGCUCCACGACUUUGAUCCUGUUAUCGAGGCCGUUCAGCGC